AUGUCUAACCCAUCAUUUGUUCUUCAAAAAGUCAACGAGGUUUCCUUUGAGGACCGUCCUGUCCCUGAGAUCAAGGACCCUCACUAUGUCAAGAUUGCCGUCAAGAAGACUGGUAUCUGUGGUUCGGAUGUCCACUACUACACUCACGGUGCCAUUGGUGACUUCGUUGUCAAGGCUCCUAUGGUUUUGGGCCACGAAUCUGCUGGUGUUAUUGUCGAGGUUGGUUCUGAGGUUAAGAACUUAAAGGUUGGCGACCGUGUUGCUAUGGAACCUGGUGUUCCUUCCAGAUACUCUGAUGAAUACAAGUCUGGUCGUUAUAACCUAUGUCCUUGUAUGGCAUUUGCUGCCACUCCUCCUUAUGACGGUACUUUGGCCAAGUACUACCUUCUCCCUGAAGACUACUGUGUCAAGUUGCCAGAUCACGUUUCUCUUGACGAAGGUGCUUUGGUCGAGCCUUUGGCUGUUGGUGUUCACUCCAGUAAAUUGGCUGACGUGCGUCCUGGUUCUAAGGUCGCUGUUUUCGGUGCUGGUCCUGUUGGUCUUUUGAUCACUGCUGUUGCCUCUGCUUUCGGUGCUUCUUCCGUCACUGUUAUUGACAUUGUUCAAAACAGACUCGAUCUUGCCAAGGAAUUGGGCGCUACUCACACCGUCUUGGCUUCUAUCAAGGACACCUCUGACGAGACUGCCAAGAAGGUUGUUGCUGCCACUGGUGCUCAACCCGACAUUGUUCUCGACGCUUCUGGUGCCGAGUCAUCUAUCAAUGCAGCCAUCUCCGCUAUCAAGCCCGGUGGUACUUACGUUCAAGUCGGUAUGGGCAAGCCCAACGUCAACUUCCCCAUUGCCAACGUCAUUGGCAAGGAAUUGACCAUCAAGGGCUCUUUCCGUUACGGUUACGGCGACUACCCCUUGGCUGUCGAGCUCAUCUCGUCCGGCAAGGUCAACGUCAAGAAGCUCAUCUCCCACACUGUCAAGUUCGAGGAGGCCAAGGAGGCCUUCGAGCUCGUUAUGAGCGGCAAGGCCGUCAAGGUCAUCAUCGACGGUCCCCAGUAA